AUGGUGGGGGUGGAGCCUCAGUCCAUGCAGAUGGUGGGGGCGGAGCCUCAGUCCAUGCAGAUGGUGGGGGCGGAGCCUCAGUCCAUGCAGAUGGUGGGGGCGGAGCCUCAGUCCAUGCAGAUUGUGGGGGCGGAGCCUCAGUCCAUGCAGAUGGUGGGGGCGGAGCCUCAGUCCAUGCAGAUGGUGGGGGCGGAGCCUCAGUCCUUGUAG